GGUGAAUGAUGAUGGCUGGCAGUCGAGAGGAGUGGCAGCGACCUACGUGCUCGACGUAGACGACAACGACGACAUGGAAAAUAACCCUAACCAGAUCAGACGAUGCACGGGCAAUCUCCGAAUUUAGAUAAGAUAUGCUGGACUGAUCCCCACUCAGUUCUCGCUCUCAUCUUCCAACACAACAUUCAUACUUAUUUACUCUGCAACAAAUGAGUUACGAGGCAAAAUUCGUAAAGGCUGUCGAGAUUGUUCAGGACCUCCCCAAGGACGGUCCGGUCAAACCGACACAGGACGAACAGCUCUACUUUUACAAGUAUUACAAACAAGUCACCGUUGGUGAUGUUGACGUGCCUCGUCCCACUGGCCUCCUCGACUUUGCGGGAAAGGCUAAAUGGGAUGCCUGGUCAGAGGUGAAGGGUACCCCCAAAGAGGAAGCACAGAAGCUUUAUGUCGAAAAACUCUUAGAGAUUCUCGAGAAGGCUCCUAAGGAGUUCUCCGAAGAGUACAUCAAGGCCAUCAACGAGGCAUAGAAAGUUCAAUGUGUCUUUGUUUGGCAAAGUUAUUCGCAAACGCCCGUGUAUUGUAAAGCAUCUUCAACGUCCUAUAGACCAAUCAAACUUCAGGUAGCAAACUAACAACCCACGUUCUCCUUACGCAUGCCCGGAGGAGCCACCCUUAAGUCUUACCUAAACCACCGAAACUCCCAUUCGUCCCUCUCUUAUUCGCUUCACGUCUCAUCCACAAUACCUCGCGAUCUCUUCGCAGAGGAGAGAAAUGGUUAGGCCGAUGCUCUGACGAGAACGACAAUAACAAAUGGCAAAAUUUUAUCACCG